CUCAUCCAGGCGCACUGAGAUCAGCUGGGCUCGGCCAUAACUGAGGAUCUGAUCUCCAGCAGCGACGCAGUCAGUCACAACUUGGCGGACACAACUCUGGAUCUAAAUAUAAAUGCAGCUUUCUAAAUCCCUCCGGCUGCACUUCAGCUAAGACUACUUCUCGAAGCACAGCAGCAAAUCGGACGGGUUGUGACAGUUGUGUUUCUCUGCUGCAUGGCAGGCUGUGAAGAGAUGGACCGCCCAGUGAACGUCCAGGCUCCUACCAAGCUUAUAGAGGAAGUGGGAGACACUUGUGCCACUGACUCCUCCACCACCACCAACCCGGAGUGCGCCAUCUGCCUUCAGAGCUGCGUCCACCCUGUACGCCUCCCCUGCUGCCACGUCUUCUGCUUCCUGUGUGUGAAAGGCGCCUCCUGGCACAGCAAGCGUUGUGCUCUCUGCCGACAGGAAGUGCCAGAGGACUUCCUGGAGCGGCCAGUUCUCCUCUCGCCUGAAGAACUGAAGGCGGCAGCUGCAGGGGUGAGCCGAAGUGGCGGCACAGGGGGCGGUUCCCGUGGAGACUCUGCAUGGUACUACGAAGGGCGCAACGGCUGGUGGCAGUAUGAUGAGAGGACCACCCGCGAGCUGGAGGAGGCCUUUUCCAGGGGCAAGAAGAGCACAGAGAUGCUGAUUGCAGGGUUUCUUUAUGUGGCCGACCUGGAGAACAUGGUCCAGUAUCGCCGCAAUGAGCAUGGCCGCAGGCGCAAGAUAAAGCGGGACGCUGUAGAUAUCCCCAAGAAGGGCGUGGCAGGACUGAGGUUAGACCCUGAUCCUCCAACCACCCCUGCUUCACCCAUUGUCACGCCAGCUGCAAUAGAGCGCGUCAGCUCAGCUGAUGGAUCAGACACUGCAGGACAAUCACAGCCUCCAUCAUUUGGCAUUUUGUCUCUCCCCCCUGUUAGACCUCCGACACUCCUGGGGCGCCACCUCACAAGUCCUUUCUCUCCCUCACUCUCAGCCAUUGAAGACUCUCUCUCCCAGCUCCUAAUUAGCCAGCCAGAGGAGGAAGAGGUGGAAGGAGACGAUGAGCUCCAGACAUAUGAGUAUGCAUCUGGCAACAGUGAGAGUGACGAAGAAACAGAGAGCGAGAGAGGGAGAGCAGCUUCGGUUCCACGGAGAAGACUUAGACAAAGACCGCUAAGAGAGGACCAGCCAGCCAGAAUGCCUCCCCGGGGCGGACCCUCCAACUCCGCACCCAGUCUCCGCUCACGUAGUCCUGAUGGACAGUGCACUGUGACAGAGGUGUGACUGCAACUGAACAAUGGUGUCUGUCCUCCGGAUAACAGACCUUAAACUCAUCAGUUUAGCAAAAAAAAACGUUUGAAAUCUAUUAUGCAUCUUUUAAAGGUCCCUUGAAAUGAAAAAUCCAUCAUUGUAGUAGUGUUUCUGUCACUUGAGCCGUUUUCAGACAUGAUCUCCGGGUAAAAACCAGAGAAUUGAUUACGGAGUUUGCUCAGUUUGCCUUUCACACAUGUGCAACACAGACAUGUUCACAACAGCAACAAAUCCACCAACUGCACAGUCCACAGUGCAUGUCUGAACCCCCAUGGAUCAUGUGCCAAAUGGGAUCUUUAAAAUACAGUUCAACCCAAGUUUUUAUAAAAAUAUUCUUGAAAACUCUCCAUCCAGUUGAUUAUAAUCUUAGUUUUGUCAGCCUUCCUUUUCUUCCCCACCUACAGGUCUGUAAAAGUAACUUGCAGCAGCAAAGACGUGGGUCACAGAUGUGUACUAAUAUUUAAGUACUUAACAUAUGACAAACCCGUGGUCAUCUUUGUCAUGCUCCAAAAACAGUUACUCUAUUACAGCCAUUUCAUUGGACCUUUAACACAACAUUUCACUUUUUUGUUUAAGAUUUCUAAAACUAGUUUUGGGCAGCGCUCUGAUAUAUAUAGAGAUGUCAGGCAUCACUCUGCAACAGUCUUGUUAACAGGCUAAAAGGGCUGUGAGAAACUCUAUCACCUUUUUGACGGGUGUCAAAACAAACUACCAUCCGUCACUGCGUUAAUAUCAGUGUGUGACAGCGCAAUACAACAAAACUAGUCCCUCUGUGUUCUCUGUUCUUUUGACCUCCUGUUUGAUUUUCUUUUUGGAGUGAUACUAUAAGAGUUUCACUGUAGCACCUUAUAUACCAAUUGCAGAUGGUAUAACAGAUUUCCUGCUUUGCUGAUUUUGGUUUGUUGAAGUAAUGAAGUUUUAAUUAGGAUCCAAUGAUUAACUAUUUAAACUGGAAUUUGUGUGUGUGUGUGUUUGUCUUUGUCUUUGUGUUCUCUUUUAGUGUAAAAGUAUUGUUUGAAUAGUAACUUGUGUGUUUUCUGUUGGUGUGACUGGUGUUGGGUGCUCAAAGGCUACUGGCAGAACCACUGGAAAUAUUCAGCUAUAUAUAUGUAGAGUGACACAUUUGGAUCUCUAUGUCUCGUCGCAGUACUCUCGAUAGGGCCACUAUCAACGCACUGACACUGACAUGUACUUUGGAAGAGCUCGAGCUGUCCUCACACGCUCUGUUUUCUUCUCCUUCUGCUCCAGCUGCUAUUAUUUUAACUGUGAACUCGUCAUAGUCGGUGUCUUACUGUCUGAAUUACCUUAAACGGUCUUCUGUCUGUGUGCUGUUGCCCCUGUGGUGUUUUUGUCAGCCUAUUAAAAAUUAUGAUUUGAAAACGCAAA